CAGAUUUCGAAAACUGAGACAGUGCUGAUAGUUACUGUAAAGUCUUUUCGAUGCAAGCCGACAUAUCCUCUUUUCUUUUUUCCGCGUAACGAGGAUCGAACUUCUACCAGAUGUCGCUUGCAAGCACCGUCAGCUGAAAACAUUGCAUUUACAGAAGUCACUCGCCUCGUCCUACGCUUGGGGCUUCUUUCGUGUGCUUGUGCUCAUCUGUGGGGGGAUUCAGCCAACAUGUAUCAAGUCAGAUAAGAAUGUUGGGUGGACUAUAAGGCAUCAGGUGAGGUUGGUGAGGUCUUGCUGGUGGACCCUGGACGGCUCGCACUCCCCUGCUGCUCCUGCGAUCCCAACAUGGAACAUAACACUAGAAGAUUUAGAUUAGAUGCAGAGAGGUUAUACAUCGGGCUGAAAGCAGCGUUCCGGAUAAUUACUUGUACCCUGAAUAACUUCUACUGCAUCCCGGUUCAUAUGUGUUGGGUCCUUUUGCUCCAACCGAUAAAAUGGGUCUCAGAGACAACAUACUGGUUCCUGGAAGGCAUUAUGUUCCGAUGGCUGUUGUCCAUGGUGGCAUUGUGGUCCUACAGUGCUGGGUACAAUGUUGUAGAACUUGGUGAUGAUGUGUGGGAUUUGCUAGAAGAACGGACACUGGUGCUGUUCAACCAUCAGUCCACUUCUGAUGUGCCACUCAUCAUGGCCGCCUUCAACUCCCGCCCCAAUCUGUCCAACAACAUCAUGUGGAUCAUGGAUCAUGUGUUCAAGCUGACCAAUUUUGGUAUCGUGUCAUGGGCUCAUGGGGACUUCUUCAUACAUGGGGGUAAAAAUCACAGAGAAGCAUCACUGCUUGAACUGGGAUCACACUUACAGAAGUUCUAUAUCCCACGAAACCGAAAGUGGCUGGUACUCUUCCCAGAAGGUGGAUUCCUCAAAAACCGAAAGGCAUCCAGCCAAAGUUAUGCCAAGAAAAAUAACCUUCCAGUGUUGGAAAAUGUUGCUUUGCCUCGUGUUGGUGCCCUCAAAGUCAUAGUUGAUAAUGCAGCAGCUCAGCAGCAUACUGAUGAUACUGAUAAGAUCAAGUAUCUACUAGAUGUCACUAUAGCAUACCCAGGUGGACGACCACUGGACCUACCAACUAUUUUUGGAGGCUGGAGACCAGCGUGUGAUACAAUCUUCCAUUAUCGCAGAUAUAAUAUUGAAGAGAUUCCAAAAGAUGAGGAAACGUUGACUAAGUGGCUGUAUGAUCGUUAUGAAGAGAAGGAAGCUAUUCUCCAGGAAUAUUAUGACACUGGCAUCUUCCCAGAUGCUAAUACUACACAUGACCCCAAGUUCGAACCAGUAGAGACACGCAGACUAACGGGGCAGAGAGUAGUUCAUGAUACUCUGGAAUUUAUCCUGCGUCAUAUUUUCUAUAUUGUUUCCACGUGGAUUUGGCUGUCAUUUUUGUACUGGGUGUUCACUUCCAUAUGCCAGUUGGUGUGGUGAUUCGGCUCUGGUGGGGAGAACGUACCUUGCGCUGUACAGGAAAAUGUGUAAUGACAGGUUCAAGUCUUGCAUCAGAAGAAAGAAAGAGAAUGACAAGCAAAGAGGUUUUGUGAUUGAUUUUUUACAACUGUGCUGAAAGUUAUUUGUGGACUACUUGUAUGCAAAUACAGCAUGACUUGAAGAGUGAGGUUGCAUAAUAAAUGGCAUAAUAAGUGACCCAGGAAUCUUUAAUAUAGGGUCGUGUGAAGUUGUGAACUGUGUGAAAUGUAUCUUGUCACAGACAAAUGCAUGUAGAACAGAAGGUAUUAGAUAGUGAGAGAAUGUGCAGUGUAUUCUCAGUAGUCACAAAGUGAAUGAUAGAAAAAAAAAAGAGCCCAUGUAAUGGAAAAAAUUCACACAAUGAUAGAAUGGGCGAUGGCUUUUGUUUUUAAUAUAGAACAAGCACAUCACUAUCAUCAAGGAUUGCAUUUUGAUUUAUAUCUAGGUCAUUGUAGCUUUAAAUAUUUUUACACAUUCUGUACAAUGUACAAUGCUUUCCCACUGCAGAUAUGACCUUAAUGUGACAAUGCAGCAGUUACAGUGAUAAUGACAGUUGUAGUGAAUAAAAUCCUGGCCUUUUUGUAACUAAAGAGUCUAGCACUAACAUGGGCUUCAUAUACAUUUCUCUUGAUCAUAUCAUGAUUGAAGUCUUAGUGAAGCUUUUACUGCAGAUGCCAUUCCCAGAUUUAAUCUUUUAUUACACACUGUGUCAUAUUUGUUGUAUGCCUUAAUUCCAAGUGCAUGAGUGGUUGCUUCAGAGCACAGGAAGAGCUGGUUCUCCUUGUGCUCUUUCACUAUCUUUUAUGGAAGAGGGAACCUGUGUAGUGCCAUCAGUGAGUGAGAGAUUUUGUUUGUAGAUAGAAACACUUUUGGAGGUAUGUCUAAUGUUGAUAUAAUUAUUUUCUUUGGGAAUUAUUAUUAUCAACAUUGUUUUUGUAUUUAAUUGUCAGUGUGUUAGUACUUAAUAUUGUUUUUAUGAUGGUUUAAUAA